CUAUUUGUCAGCUGUAGAUUGGCGUGCAAUAAUUAUUUAACAAAAUAAAUUUUUGUGCUUAAAAACUUUGCAGAAAUGAAGGUUAUCUACAAUACUCUGUUUAAGCGCACCUCCACCUACGCGGUUGCCAUCAUUGCGUCGGCUUUCUUCUUCGAGCGCGCAAUCGAUGUUACCUCGAACAUGAUUUUCGAGUCUGUCAACAAAGGCAAACUCUGGAAGGACAUCAAGGGCAAAUACGAAUAGACGAGAGGCUGCAGCUAGUUUUAAAUUAGGCAAUGACAAUGUCGCAUUGUAAUUAGCAUAAAAAUAAACGUUUAUUCUAAACGAAACAAAA